AACGCCUCUGCGCGCACCCCCCGCCCCCGGGUAUCUCGUGAUCGCCACGGCUGACCCCGGGGGCAAGGCGGAGGGCGGACGGCUUCGGCAGGAAUGAAUGGAGUCCCGCAGCCGGCGCGGGGCAGUAGCAGCGGCGGCCGCCCGGGAAGGCUGCUCGCGGGGCUGAGCUGCAGGCGCCGGGCGAGGCCAGCCCCUUCCUCCCGGGCCCGCGGGUCUCCCUUCGCUCUCCUCUUUGUGUCCCAGGAUCCGCGCAGCGCCUCGGGGCUCCCUCGGCCAUGUUCAACCAGCAGCAGUUCCAGCAGCAGCUGCUGCAGCUCCAGCAUCUCCUCCAGCACCACCCGCAGCAGUCGCAGCAGCAGCAGCAGGCCGGCCGGGGCGUGGCACCUCCCCAGCAGCCGCCGAUGCUGAACCUGCGGGCAGCCAAUCAAGCGUCGCUCCUCAACGCCAACCCCAUGCUUCAGCGAGCCCUGCUGGUGCAGCAGAUGCAAGGUAACUUGAGAGGCUUCAACAUGGCCGCCGCUCCCGUGCUGCAGCAGUUCUUCCCUCAGGCGACGAGGCAUUCCCUCUUGGGUCCCCCACCCGUCGGGGUCUCCUUAAAGCCCGCCCACCUGGCUUUCCCGGCCCUCCCAUUUCAAAGGCAGAACCGCACCUUCCGCAAGGACUUCCCGAGGGUUCCCGAGAGGAAGCGGGAAGCGGAUUCGGCGAUCUCCUCAUCCUCAUCAUCUCAGACUCCGGGACCGGAGGAGAGGGAACCUCUUCCGGAGGGGGGCCUCGUCAAAGCAGGGCCUGAAGAACCCGGCUCUUCGCCAUCAGAGAUGCUGAGAGGAUCGUCCCCAGAUGCUGAGCCGGCAAGCAAGAGGCUUAAAAGUGGAGACGAAGAGUCGAUCCUGGACGAUGCUCUGUGCCUCCCGGAAAUGGAGGCUGCGAAAUCCCACACUGAAGAGACAGACCAGGGGAAAGAGGAUUUGGUGGCAGACACUUCAAAGGAGAAGAACUUCCCUGAGGAACUGAAGGCUUCGGAGGUGGUGAGCUCCGCCGGGUCCCUGAAAGUAACAAUUCAGCAGAGCAGUGAAAGCCGAGCAAUCAGCACCACAGCCCUGAAGCCCGCGCACUGGACCUCUGAGAUGGGCGCAGCCGAGACCAGCCCUGAGUCCACCGUGAAAUUCUACUGUUACAUCUGCAAGACCAACUGCUGCAACCAGCAGAAUUUCCAGGCUCACAUGGCAGGCGUGGAACACCAGCAGCGACUUCAGGAGAUCCAGCACAUGAGCAACAUCUGCUUUGUCUCACUGCUGCCUAUGGUGAAGGAGCAGCGGCCGCUGGCUGAGAAAGACGGAGAGAGCCAGCAGCGAUGGUGUAACACCUGCCAGCUCCAUUUUGCAGGAGAUCUGAUCAAGCAUCGGCGGACUCAAGAGCACAAGCUUGCCAAGCGCUCUCUCCGGCCCUUUUGCACUGCCUGCAGCCGCCAUUUCAAGACCCCACGCAAGUUUGUGGAGCACAUGAAGUCUUCAGAGCACAAGCAGAAGGCCAGGGAGGUGCGGUUAGGAGAGAAGGAGCAGGGCGGGCCGGAGGACUCCGAGGAGCUCAUAACAGUAGAUGCGGUGGGCUGUUUCGAAGAUGACGACGACGACGAUGACGAGGAGGAAGUCGAAGGGGAGGAAGACUCUGAGGUGGGGCAGCUGGAUGGUGAAGAUCCUCUGGGCAGGCAGGUUGGGCUAAAGGAGGUGUCCUCGGGUGAUGCCGAAGGAAGUGAGAAGUACAGUCCGGAUACUGUCUAUGGCCCGGAUUUUCUCGUCCCCGUGGCAGGUUUCCUCUGCAGGUUGUGUCGCACAUUCUACCAUAGCGACUCGGCUGCCCGGCUCGCGCACUGCAAGUCCCUGAUGCAUUUUGAGAACUUUCAGAGGUACAAAGCCGCAAGGCUGCAGGCCACUGCCGCGCUCACAGAAGCUGCCUCGAGUCCUCGGCAGGGGCUGGCUGACGACCACCAAACUCCUCCCGCAGCUCGGAUGGAGAGAGCAGAGGUGGAAAAAGAGGCUGGGGCAUUAACGGCAGCCAGCGAAGAAGCUCGCCAGCCCCCGGAAGAGAAGGACCACUCCUCGGCUCCAAGGGACAGUUCAGCAGCCCUUCCCACCGACGACGCUGGUGUGCUCAUAGAGGAUGGGGAGGAUGGCAAAAAUGAUUUCUCCACGCUGAGCGACCACCCGUUGCUUGGAGAUGCUGCUGCUGCGGUGACGGGGGAACCGAUGGGACUGUGCGCACGGGAAAAAGAGCCAAGCGAUGAAAGCAUCCAAGAGAGAAGCCCAGGCAGAGCCGCGGCAGACGAAGACGAUCCCAGAGCAAACGAGACGCUGGCCGGCAGAGACCUGCUGGAGGAAACCGACCCUUCCUCCCUAGCCAAAGGGGAGACCUCGCCUGGGCGCAGGCGUUCUACUCGGCGUAGGGCCAGAUAAAGUAGCCUUAAUAGGAGAGUUUCUCCCCUUUUGUGUAGAUUUUUGAAGAAAGAUUUAUUUUUCC